AAACAUUAGGAACUCCUAGUCUUGACGACCGGCGUUUGUUCAAUUGAUUUAGUUUGUGCAAUCUAAUGGCCACAAUGACGAAAGAAGAGAAUUUGGAAAAGAAUAAGUCAGUGGAACGUAAUGACAGCGAUAAAAAAGCGGUGUCCGAUUCAGGACCUGAUCCAUCAGCUCCGAUUACCAGGAAGGGAGUCUUGACAUCCUUUUUGACUGGCAAACCCAUGGAAAUACCUGAACAAGACAUUCUUGGCAAAUGUAGGUUUGUUUCUGAGUUUGAGAAGCUGAAUCGUAUUGGCGAAGGUACUUAUGGAAUUGUAUAUCGGGCAAGAGAUACAAAGAAUGACAAGGUUGUUGCGCUGAAGAAAGUAAGGAUGGAGCAUGAGAAGGACGGUUUACCAGUGAGUGGUCUUAGGGAGAUAUCAGUCUUGCUGUCGUGUCGACACGAGAAUAUUGUUCAUUUGAGAGAGGUGGUGGUGGGUAGAAGUUUGGAGAGCAUAUUCUUGGCGAUGGAGUACUGUGAGCAGGAUCUAGCCAGUUUACUGGAUAACAUGCAAGCGCCAUUUUCGGAGAGCCAGGUUAAAUGCAUAGUGCUGCAAGUGCUGAAGGGUCUUCGUUACUUGCAUCAUAAUUUCAUCGUUCACAGAGACCUGAAGGUCUCUAAUCUCCUCAUGACCGAUAAAGGUUGCGUAAAAAUUGCUGAUUUUGGACUGGCCAGGUGGUUCGGUCUACCAUUGAAACCAAUGACUCCUAGAGUGGUAACGUUGUGGUAUAGAGCACCGGAAUUGCUGUUGCAAGCCAAGACACAGACCACUUCUGUCGAUAUGUGGGCAGCUGGAUGUAUAUUGGGAGAGCUAUUGGGACACAGGCCAUUGUUACCAGGUAGAACAGAAAUUGCACAAUUGGAAUUGAUCGUCGAUCUGUUGGGUACACCCAGUGAAGCUAUUUGGCCGGAAUUUAACUCGUUACCGGCACUACAGAAUUUCACACUCAAACAACAGCCAUACAAUAACUUGAAGCAAAGAUUUCCUUGGUUGAGCGCUGCUGGUCUUAGAUUAUUAAAUUUCUUAUUUAUGUACGACCCCAAAAAAAGAGCAACCGCUGAAGAAUGUUUGCAAAGCAGUUACUUUAAAGAAGCUCCUUUACCUUGUGAUCCAAAACUCAUGCCUACUUUUCCGCAACAUAGAAAUAUGAAAAAAGCAGCUGCUCAGAAAGAGAAUCGUGAACAAGAAUCUACUGUCACUGAUCAAACUAAUAAUCUACCAGCGAUUUCGGAUCUUCUUGGAUCCUUAGUGAAGAAAAGACGUGUCGAGUGAAGAAGUUUUUAAGUUUACUUGAAAGAAUUAAUUUCGAUAUUCUUUGAAAUAUAUAUUUUGUCAAUAUUUCUUGAAAUAACAAUUACAAUAACAUCGUAAUUAGUACAUUGUAAUGUAAAUUUAUUGACAGUAUAUAUAUUUUUUGUAUAAAUAUAUACAAAAUAUUUGAUAAUAAUGUUAAGACCUUUAUUUGAAAAAAUAAUCUAUAAGCAACAAAUUAAUUAGUUGCAUUAAUUAUGUGUGUUUAUACAAAGGAUGCUGAUUCCGUGAGUAAAAAAUAAAACUUUUUAUUAAA